AUGACCAAGGCCGUGCUCCCACUGUGCUUGCUGGUGGCUUUGCUUCACCUCAGUGUCCACAGCCUGGCUGAGACUGAUCACCACACUGACCAGCAUGAGACCACUGACCCCCAGGAGCAGCAUUCCCACCAGGGAGAUCCUCUUGAGUCCUGCCAAAGGGUAGUCCCCAGCAAUACAGACUUUGCCUUUCAGUUUUACAGACAAGCAGCCACUCAAGAACCUGCAAAGAACAUUUUCUUUUCCCCAGUCAGCAUCUCUGCUGCCCUUGCCCUUCUGGCCCUGGGCUCCCGAGGUACCAGCCAGACUCAGGUGCUGGAAGGACUGGCCUUUAACCUCACCAACAUCCAGAAGAAGGAGAUUCAUGAUGGCUUUAGUCAGCUCCUCCUCUUGCUGAGCCGCCCUGGGAGCCAGGUUCAGCUGAGUAUGGGGAGCACCCUUUUCAUGGACAAACACAUGAAACCAAUGAAAACGUUUCUGAAGGACAUCAGAAAGCUCUACAGAGGAAAAGCUGUCUCUACUAACUUCCAGAAUUCCACUGAAGCUAAAAAAGAGAUCAAUGAGUAUGUAAAAAAUAAAACCCGUGGGAAUAUAAACCAAAUACUUGAGGACCUUGAUCCAGACACUCUGAUGGUAAUUGUUAACUACAUUUAUUUCAAAGCCUACUGGGAAAAUCCUUUCAAUAUUGAGGGGACUCACAAGGACUAUUUCCAUGUGAAUGCAAAGACCUCAGUUGAAGUGGACAUGAUGGUUCGAGAUGGAUUUUAUAAAGCAUACUCUGACAGGAAGCUGUCGUGCAAAGUGGUGCAGAUUCCUUACAAGGGAGAUGUUGCAGCAUUGUUUAUUCUGCCCAAUAAAGGCAAAAUGAAACAGUUGGAGCAUGCCCUGACAAAAAGCACUGUUUCUAAAUGGGAAAGAUCUCUUCAAAGAUGGAGGAUGGAGUUGCAUAUUCCAAAACUAUCAAUUUCAGGCACCUAUGACUUAAAGAGGAUCUUAAUGAAUAUGGGUGUGACUGAUGUAUUUUCUGAUCGGGCUGAUCUGUCUGGAAUCACAGGAAACCCUGAUAUGAAGGUUUCAAAAGCUACUCACAAGGCCCUGCUGAGGAUUCAUGAGAAUGGCACAGAGGCUGCAGCAGUCAACAGCAUAGAUUUUCUUCCUCACUCUGUUCCUCCCAUUGUUAAAUUUGAUCAUCCAUUCUUGCUGUUGAUUGUUGAUCGGUAUACUCAGAGCAUCCUCUUCAUGGGAAAAAUUGUAGACCCAACUGUAAAAUGA